CCUUCCUUUUUAAUUUCGGCCAAUUUAAGAGUGUUUUAUUGUCAGGGACAUUUUAGUAAGUUGGAUUUAUUUUAUGAUGUUAAUGUUGUGAUCUCAGCCAGGUGAAAAGUGUGCAGUUUUGUGUUGGGGAUAUCCCAACAGUCAAGCAAUCUUCUUUUACAUAAGUUUUUUUUCUUCUUCCCCCUCCAUCGGAGUGUAGAAAUCCAGCUGAUUCCCGUAGUCCUUCCUGUCGUUGAAGCGUCCCUCGCUAGUUUCAUUCGUCGAGACUGGGUUCGCCUGCUCUGCCCUUGACGACGCUGCCCUCCACGCUCCUAAUCCCAUUCCUCCUCCAAUUCCCCCUUAUCUUCUCCGAUCUCCACUGUACUUCUUAUUUCUAAGCAGUUCGAUUCCCUAGUAAUCGAUGCUCUAGUCAUCGCUGCAAUUGUUUACACUUAUAUUGUUUUAAAAGGUGGAAAUGGUACCGAUUGUUUUUAGUUUUGUUUUUGUUUGCAGCUGUGGACUAAUGAAAUCAUAAGGAGUGCAAGAGAAGAGAUUACAUUUGAUGAAAGAUGUAGACAGUGGAGGAUUCUCGGUAGUAGUGGAUUUGUAAUAGUAUUAUAGUGAUUUUAUAGAUAUGAUCGUAGUAGGCAAUCAUUCCAUAACAAUAAAUUUAUGGAUCCCGCAUUUACGGAUAUGAUAUAGCAGUGUUUCUGAUUUUGUAUUAAUAGUGAUUUAUUAUUAUUGACAAAAAACUAUAUAGUAAUAUUGAUUCUACUAAAAAAUUAUCAAAAUCACUACUAAUAUAUCAUAAAAUCAAUACUGCACACCAAAUUACUACUACAUACCUGAAGAAAAAAGUUAGUAGUGUUUUCCAAAAAAUGUAGUAUUUUACUCUGCGAAGAUAGAGAUACGCGAUGGAGAGAAGGGAGAGGGAGAGAGACGUUGUUGAGAAAAACUUGUAACCACAUCCAUUAAAAUCCCAAAAAAGAAAAAAAACCAAUCCCACCAAAUCCGCCCUCUAUCACAAAACGUCAAAAAUAAAAGUCAGAAAUUAAUAGUUAAUGUAACCUCUUCUUAAUUUACCCUUAUUAGUUUCGUAACCAUAAAAUUUAAAUUUGAAAUGAACGGUUAAUAUUAUAAUUCGGACGGUGCUAAAACCCUAUGGACUAUGGAAUUAGCGUCCUAGCUUCUCGCUAAAGGACAAACAUUAGCCCAAGCCCAAUUAUUUGGGUCCACUUUCAAACCCACCGGGACAAAGUUCUGGGCUUCCUUGCCGGUAGCAUAUCCUACCCGCCGCCGUCGCAUUUGUCGGUUUCCAAAAUAUAACUUUCAUCGACGGCCGGUUCCUGACAAUUUCGGGAAAAUGCCAAGCAAGAAUAACAAGCGGAAGAGACCGGAGCGACCAACGAUUCACCCGCGAAACAAGUACGCCGACAGUCCUCCGGACUUCGCUCUCCUGGCGUCUCUCUACCCUUCUUUCGAGCCUUUCGUUUUCUACUCACGCGACGGUCACCCUAGAAUCGACUGGACCGACUUCAACGCCACUAGGGAGCUUACCCGUGUCUUGCUCCUCCACGACCACAGCCUCAAUUGGUGGAUCCCUGAUGGGCAGCUAUGCCCCACUGUGCCCAACAGAUCAAACUACAUUCAUUGGAUUGAAGAUCUUCUGUCUUCUGAGAUCAUUCCAAAAAAUCAGACUCUUGGAGAUUUAGUUAGAGGGUUUGAUAUAGGCACCGGAGCAAACUGCAUUUACCCACUGCUUGGCUCCUCCCUUCUGGGAUGGAGUUUCGUCGGUUCAGAUAUUACUGAUGUUGCAUUAGAGUGGGCAGAGAGAAACGUCAACAAAAAUCCACACGUGUCCCAACUUAUUGAGAUUAGAAAGGUUACAGUCCAUGGAGUUGAGCUGCCUGCUCAAGAGUUGUCUGAUGCUCUUGCAGUAGAUCAUGAAAGCAGUGAGGUUGCAGGUGGCCGUUAUUGUGGGCCGCCUAUACUUCUUGGGGUAGUCAGAGAGGGUGAGAAGUUUGAUUUCUGCAUGUGCAAUCCUCCUUUCUUUGAGAGCACUGAGGAAGCAGGACUUAAUCCAAAAACUUCUUGCGGAGGUACUCCCGAGGAGAUGGUCUGCCCUGGUGGAGAACAAGCUUUCAUUACUCGUAUGAUUGAAGAUAGUGUUGUCUUGAAGGACUCGUUUAGGUGGUACACUUCAAUGAUUGGCAGGAAAAUAAACCUCAAGUUCCUAACUUCAAAGCUGCGGGAUGUUGGAGUGACCAUAGUGAAGACUACCGAGUUUGUACAAGGCCAAACGUGUAGAUGGGGAUUGGCUUGGUCUUUUCUGCCACCAACUAAGAAGAUAUUACCGCCUGCUGCAGUCCAGAGAACCAAUAUUAGCUUCAUGCUUGAGAGGGUUGGUCGCCAAUUCAGUGCCAUGCAUAUAUUACAAUCAAUCGAGCCGUUAUUUCAGACCAACGGUGCAUCCUGUAAAUUGAAUGCCUCGUCAUUUACUGUUGAUAUCACUGCACCAAGGCUUCACUGUGAAGACCUCAUGGAGUAUGAUGCAAAGUGCAUUGAAAAACCGAUGGAGAGCAAACCGGUGGAGAAGGCUUCAGACAAUAUGAGUUUUCAAAUUUCAAUUUUCCAGCAGCAGCCAGGCACCUUGUUGGUGAAAGCAUCACUACAAAACAAAGAUUGUCCAUUUUCAGGAAUGUUCUCUUCGGUGAUCCAUAAGUUGGAGGAAAUUAUGAGGCAGAGAUUCUGUAGAGCAAGGGACUUACCUAGAUGAAGGACGCCCUUGGAGUUUCCAUUCAAGAGCAGCAUGCUGAUAUGUUCAUUAAGAUAAGCAGCCAUCUUAAUCAAGUUUGAAAUGUCCAUAGAAGUGGAUUUCCCAUAAGAAUUCCCAUUGUAUCAAUAGGUCGGUCUCAUGGGUUUUAUGUUGCUCAUAGAUACCUGGCUGUAAACUUCAGGAGUUUGGUUUAUCAGUUACCACUUACCAGAUUAAAAUGAAUGUUCAGUGUAGCCAAGUAACCUUUUAGAAGAUUUUUUUUUUUUCCUCCGAUUGAGAAAAAUGAUUCUGUUUUUGUGCGGCUAAGAAGGACAUCAAAAUUAUCAAUCGAUAGGAUGUCAAUUGUCUGCACCAAUCAUGAGAUGCCGAGUGGUCUAGUGCUGUCUCAUCCUUCCCGGUUGGAGCAAAUCCAAAGCUGUAAUCUGUACAUGAGUACAUUUGUCUUCUUUUUUUCAUAUUAUUUGGAAGUGGGAACAUCGAGUUCACAUUAAAUGCACCAAUUUUAC